AUGGCCCAGCUCAAGUCUGACAACCCCAGCUUCGUCCUCCACGGCGUCGAGGAUGUCAAGAUCGAGAACCGCCCCAUCCCCGAGGUCGAGAAUGACGAGGUCCUCAUUGAGGUUGCCAAGACGGGCAUCUGCGGCUCGGACGUCCACUACCUCCAGCACGGUAGAAUCGGCUCAUUCGUGGUCAAGGAGCCCAUGUGUCUCGGCCAUGAGAGCUCGGGCAAGGUCGUCAAGCUUGGUCCCAAGGUGACCGGCCUCAAGGUCGGGCAGCGCGUUGCCCUUGAGCCCGGCAUGGGCUGCCGCACUUGUGAUAUGUGCAAGGGGGGGCUGUACGAGCUUUGCCCGGACAUGACGUUCGCGGCCACACCGCCCUACAUCUACGGCACGCUGUGUCGCUACUACAAGCUGGUCGCGGACAUGCUGCACCCGAUUCCUGACUCGGUGUCGGACGAGGACGGUGCCAUGAUGGAGCCCCUAUCGGUUGCUGUGCACUCUGUCUCGAAGCUCGCCAAGUGCAAGAGCGGCGACAAUGUCGUCAUCUUCGGCGCGGGUCCCGUCGGGCUCCUUUGUAUGGCGGUCGCUAAGGCGCUGGGCGCCGCGCGCGUCGUGGCCGUCGACAUCCAGCAGGAGCGCCUUGACUUUGCCAAGUCGUACGCCGCGACCGACGUCUUCCUGCCCCCCAAAAAGAAUGAGGGCGAGAGCACGGAGGCUUACGCCGAGCGCGCCGCCGCUGAGCUCCUCAAAGAGCUUGACAUCCCCGCCCUUGGCUCCCGCGCACUCAACAUCUGCAUCGACGCGUCCGGCGCCGCGGUAUGCAUCGCCACGGGCCUCCAUCUCCUUAGACCCGACGGCACCUUCGUCCAGGUAGGCAUGGGUGCCCCGACCAUCCCCAUCCCCAUGUUUGCGAUCGUUGUCAAGCAACUUCGCGUCCUCGGCAGCUUCCGCUACGGUCAGGGCGAUUACCCGCUCGCCAUCAGCCUCGUGUCGCGUGGUCUUGUCGACCUCAAGCCUCUCGUCACGCACCGCUACAAGUUUGCGGACGCGCGCAAGGCCUUUGACCUCACCAAGGCAGGUAAAGACAAGGAGGGCAAGCCCGUCAUCAAGGUCAUCAUCGACCCUCCCCAGUAG